AGCGGAACUAUCUGCAAAGAUCACAGUGUGACGUAAACGACGAUCUAAACAAGUAUCAGCUGUGUAACAGUCAUUGUUCGUAUCCGUUUUGGCAGGCGUGCAAGAAUUCUGUUUUUCUUCGUUUUCUGAUCGUCGGUUAGCAGGUCCGACGGGAUAAACGGCAUACGCAUUAAUCAAGAAAAGAAGCAGAAAAAAGGGGGGAGGCUACGAGUUUUCCGUGCAACGCAACCGUGGCUGCGUGCGUGCUCCAGCCCCAGCCCCACCAACGAUCUUAGGGACAAUAAUCGUGUGAAAAACGGGGCGGUACGCGCAUAAGCCUGGCCUCGAGCAGCGAGUCAGACGACGGUGGACUCGCUCCGCCACCGUGCAAAAGGUCUCGUAGUUCUCUCCCGACUACUCUACGACCAGCGGACGAGCACCACACCGAUCCUGAGAUGGAAAACUAUCGCAUAAUGCAACAGCAGACUUCAAACGGUGGCAUUUCCUCCGGGCUGCAGCAGAAUGGUUCAACAGCUGACUCUGGUGGACCUCAUGCAAAUGGCAACAUGAUACCGGAAUCGGAUAAUGACAUCAAUAGUGUUAAUGGAGAAACAAAUCAGAAUUUGGGACCGCCGAAAAUAAUGGACAAAACCAAUCAAGAUAUUGUCAGACUUAUUGGACAACAUUUGAAGACAGUCGGACUGAAUCGCACAGCAGAUCUUCUCAUGCAAGAGUCCGGUUGUCGUCUAGAUCAUCCAGCUGCUGCAAAAUUUAGACAACAUGUUAUGGAUGGAGAUUGGACAAAGGCAGAGCACGACCUUAGUGAACUUAAAAUAUUUUUAAAUGGAGCAAAUCAAAGUCUAGUAGAGAUGAAAUUCUUGUUACUAGAACAAAAAUACUUAGAAUACUUAGAAGAAGGAUUAGUACUGGAAGCAUUGCAUGUCUUACGCAAUGAACUUACACCUUUAGGGCAUAAUACAGGUCGUGUACACCAGUUAUCUGCAUUUAUGAUGUGCAGUGGACGUGAUGAAUUACAGACACGUGCAGGCUGGGAUGGCAAAGGUGCAGUCUCGAGGGCUGCUUUAAUGGAUAGACUACAGAAAUAUCUGCCACCCUCCAUUAUGUUACCACCACGUCGCCUUCAUUCUCUUUUGUGUCAAGCUGUGGAAAUGCAAAAUCAACAAUGUACAUACCACGUAACACAUACUCAGGCAAGUUUAGAAAAUGUGUCACUGCUUGUGGACCACAGCUGUAGCAAAGAACAGUUCCCGUGCCAUACUCUACAGGUGCUCAAUAAUCAUUGUGAUGAAGUGUGGUAUUGUAAAUUUUCUCCUGAUGGUCGUAAACUAGCUACAGGUUCUAAAGAUAUGACUGUAAUUAUUUGGGAUGUUGAUCCAGAAACAUUGAGAGUAACUCAUAGAAAAACAUUAGAGGGUCAUACUUAUGGAGUAGCACUAAUUGCUUGGAGUCCUGAUAGCAGCCUUUUAAUUGCGUGUGGACCUGAAGAUUGUCCAGAGCUUUGGCUUUGGAGUAUUGACCCACCUGAUUAUGAACUACGUGCAACAGUAACCCAAAGUACUGAUGAUUCACUUACAGCUUGUGCUUGGUAUCCUGAUUCACGUAAAUUUGUAGCUGGAGGACUUCGUGGACAGUUCUAUCAAUUUGAUAUUGAAGGUAAUGUCUCAGAAUCAUGGGAAGGAGUUAGAGUAAAAUGUCUGUGGUGUAAAAAUGAUGGAAAAACGGUCCUCGCUGCUGAUUCGCAUCAUAGGAUUCGGGGAUAUAAUUUUGACGAAUUAUGUGAUUUCACAAUAUUACAAGAAGAUCAUCCUUUGAUGUCCUUUAGUGUAGAUAAAGCAGAUCGACUUGCACUUCUUAAUGUGGCCAAUCAGGGUGUACAUCUUUGGGAUUUACAAGAUAGAUGUUUAGUAAGACGUUUUCAAGGUGUUACUCAAGGACAUUUCACAAUCCAUAGUUGUUUUGGUGGUGUAAAUCAAGAUUUUGUUGCAUCUGGUAGUGAAGAUACUAAAGUCUAUGUGUGGCAUAUCAAAAGGGAAUUACCUAUAGCAAUUCUAACAGGACAUAGUAGAACAGUAAAUUGUGUUUCAUGGAAUCCAGUAUAUCACCAAAUGAUGGCUUCUGUAUCAGAUGAUUGCACAGUGAGAAUAUGGGGGCCGAGGUCAUCUUCUCCAGAAAAAGUUGAUAGUGACAAGACUGUUCCAUUAGAAAGUAACUCCUCAAAUGGUAGUGGAUGGCAUGAAAUGGUAUCGUAGCGUACUACAGUAUAUCAGUGUUCCCAUGACCUCAUGGUGUUCAAAAGACUGUCAUAUUGAUUGUCAUACUGACUCUUUCCUGCCCCAGCAGCUAUCUCUUUAUGCCUCAUUACUGUAAGUCUGGGUAAAUGACUACUAUUGAGAGUAAAAGAGAGAUGUGUUAGCAUUAUGCUAAUUCAUUAAACAACUAAUAAUCAGGAGUUAUUUGAGAAUCAAUCUUUUCUUUAUUACCAGAUUUUAUAUACAAUAUUAUGGUUUACCUGUUUGUCAAAAUUAAAUUUAAAUGAUUUAUCAAUAUGAAUUAAUAAUGUAAAUUUUUGCAAACAAAAACAGCAUAAUAUAUGUUGGCUAAUAUAAGUUGUGACAAAAUAGAAUUUCAACAAAUUCCGCCGUAGCAUUGAUGUAAAGAGAAAAAUUAAUGUGCAUUAAUAAGCAUAAAGUAAAAAACAUUGCAGCAAGAUAUAAAAUUUAUGAUUUCGUGAGACUAUUAUCAAAAAAAGAAACCUUGUUUUGACAGAAACUGUGUCAGAUUUAAUCUUUCUAAAAAUAAAAAGCUGUAAAUAACAAUUUCGUGCUUAAUGAAUUUCUAAUUAAUUUUGUUAAUCAUUGAUGAGGGUGAUAUCAUUCUCAUUUUUCACUAUAUAUGUAACUGCCAUCUUACAUUAAUAUUGUAUGUUUCAAAUUGUAUACAGAUGUCGUAAAUCAUCAUUAAAAGUGUAGAAGUAAUACGAAUAUUAUAUGGAGAGAAAUUUAAUUUCAGUAAAUAAUUUGAUGACUAAGUGAGAUAAAUUAUGAAGUUUAUAAACAGUUUGAACUCUGUUAUGAGACGUACAGAUUGACGCAAAAUGA